GGCAAAGGCAACAUAACCAUUCGAUCCACUCGCGUCGCUUGUGCCACUACUGUGAAUAUCACAAAAUUUAAAAAAAUAAUAAAAAAUAUGGAGAAAAGUGUAAUAAUUAUUUUUGUAUUUUUUUCGUGUUACCAACAUACACAACAACUGAUCCCAUUACCGGACUUCAUCCAUCCAUGCAGCGAACUUAAUGACGAAUGCUUCACACAAGCUACUCUAGACGCGAUACCGGGCGUUGUCAGGGGAAUUCCAGAAGCGGGCAUCCCUCCCCUGGACCCGCUGUACUUGGAUAAGAAUAUCACAAUGGCCCUCCCUGGUAAUGUCAAGAUGACAUUCCACAACGGAAAACUACUGGGACUUAGCACCUGUGUGCCGAGUAAAGUUUCAUCGCGUCGUGAGAAACGAACAUUUGUUUUCGACAUCCAAUGCAACUUUACAAUCAAAGGCCAUUACAGUAUCGUCGGAAGGAUAUUGCUAUUCAACCUUAACACGGACGGGAACGCAAAGAUUAAAAUAUGGAAUCAAAAAAUCCAUCUAGAAGUUCUGGAGAAGGUAGUUAAAAACGACAAAGGCGAGGGUCACUACAAAAUCAAUUCUUACAAAUACAAAGCAGACUAUGGAACUGAUUUAAAACUUAAUUUGACUAAUUUAUUCAGAGGAAGUCCUGAAAUUAGCGCGAAUAUUCUCAGCGUUCUCAACUCUAAUUCUCAACUCGUCGCUCAAGAGUUCGGAGGGCCGAUCCUCGACUACGCUAUAGACUAUGCAAUGAACGUCACACAGAAGUUCUUCGACGCCUACACAUACGACCAGAUCAGCCACGUACCACUCACCGAUGACUUCUUCGAAGAGGACUGAUUUAAUUCAUAGUUAAGAGACUUUAAGAGCGGGCGCACCAAAUGAUGUGCGAUUGUCGAUUGUUUCGCAGCCAAUUCAACUGUUUAGUCGCACAACUAAAAACCGAGUAGUUUGCUCAAUGUUGUGCGAUAGUUUAGUUUAAGGUGUGCGCGCGCUCUAAAAAUCUAUGAGAUGACCCACCAUCUUAUAUUAGUUGUCUUAAGCUUAUAAAUUACUUAAGUAUUCGCUAGGAUGUAAUGUAUUAGAGAUUAGACCAAAAAUCUGUUAAAUUAAACUGUAUCCGAGAUAAACAAUGGAUAACAGUCGGUUGCAGAAAUAAGAUUAAAUAUUGUUUUGAUAUUCGA